AUGCUAUCGCUACAUAGUUCAUGGACUGGAGUGGUGUGGUCACACCAAGGAGGACUAGUACAAGCCUUACGUAGGAUUGGGAGGUGUAAUGGAUGUACGACACCAUUGGACAACUGCACACCAGAAACAUCACUGUUUAUUUUUCAAACCCCGCCUGUUGGUCGCCAACCACGAGCCCAACAAGCAUGUAGCGAGCGCAUCACUAGGAGUAUUGCUAUCAUUGCUGACCUUCAGGAGUAUCUUGAGGCACGGGAUGCUGAGUUACAGAGACACAAUCGAGACAUGCAACGGAUGCUACCGACUAUGCGAGUUGCUGGCCUCUUAUCCCUAAAAGAUGAAGAAGUGGAGAAUGAGGAGCCAUGCGAGGUGAUAUCAGAUAGCCGCUUAGUUACCCAGUAG